CAUUCGGUGUAUAAAAGAAAACUGUAAUGAGAUUGUAAGACAGUGAACUACUAGCAGUGAUCAAAAGCCGACCAUCUAUCUCUCUUGAUAUAAAGAAGUCUUGUCUUGACUUUGGUUGUGUUCAGAAAAUAACAAUACAACUUAACGAAUUAACAAUGUGCGACGACGAUUUGGCCGCUUUAGUUGUAGACAAUGGAUCCGGCAUGUGCAAAGCUGGAUUUGCUGGAGAUGACGCUCCAAGAGCAGUAUUUCCUAGCAUCGUCGGAAGACCUCGAUACCAAGGAAUUAUGGUGGGAAUGGGACAGAAAGACUCGUACGUAGGCGAUGAAGCUCAAACGAAAAGGGGUGUCUUAACAGUGAAAUAUCCUAUCGAACACGGUAUUGUGAGUAAUUGGGAUGAUAUGGAGAAAAUUUGGCAUCACACGUUUUACAACGAACUACGUAUCGCUCCCGAGGAACAUCCAGUAUUGUUAACCGAAGCCCCUCUGAAUCCUAAAGUGAAUCGCGAAAAGAUGACUCAAAUAAUGUUCGAAACAUUUGGUUCCCCAGCAAUGUACGUCGCGAUACAAGCCGUUCUGUCGCUCUACGCAAGUGGAAGAACAACUGGUAUAGUGAUGGAUUCUGGAGAUGGCGUUUCUCAUACGGUUCCAAUUUACGAAGGCUACGCACUGCCGCAUGCUAUCUUAAGAUUAGAUCUCGCUGGCCGCGAUUUAACUGAUUAUUUAAUGAAAAUCUUGACGGAGCGCGGUUACAGCUUUACUACAACAGCAGAACGGGAAAUCAUACGAGACCUCAAAGAAAAGAUUUGCUUCGUCGCUUUGGACUUCGAUCAUGAACUCAACCAAUCCGCCGUUACGAGUUGCCACGAAAAGUCUUACGAGUUACCAGACGGUCAAGUGAUUACCAUAGGCAAUGAGAGGUUCCGUUGUCCGGAGGCAAUGUUCCAGCCAUCCUUGUUGGGAAUGGAAACACCGGGUAUACACGAAACCACGUAUAACUCAAUCAUGAGGUGUGAUGUUGAUAUUAGGAAGGAUCUGUAUGCAAACACGGUUCUUUCGGGAGGUAGCACGAUGUUCCCAGGCAUUGCAGACAGAAUACAAAAGGAAAUGGCAACACUUGCACCAUCCACAAUGAAAAUCAAAAUAAUCGCACCACCUGAAAGAAAAUAUUCAGUGUGGAUUGGCGGUUCGAUUUUGGCCAGUUUGACCACUUUCCAGCAGAUGUGGAUUUCAAAGCAGGAAUACGAGGAAUCUGGUCCGGUCAUCGUCCAUCGCAAAUGCUUUUAA